UUGUCGAAUUGUCAAAAUAUAAACAUUGUUUUUAUUUUUGUAACCUAUUAAUGCACGUGCGGACAAAAGUCGCCGUUUUAGUUUAAGUUAAAAUGACAGAAAUAAUUAUCGACGAUGUAUAUCCCAAAGGGUCAGUGUAUCCGAUGAUUUUAAACUUCCAAAAUGGUUAUACGACGGACAACUUUGCUAACCAAGAAUGCAUUUUGGCCGAAAACUCCGUCACUAAUAAUAAAACCUUAGCCACUGAGAUAGAUGGCCUCGUAUAUGCUGGUGAUGAAGAAAACGAGGGCUUGGGUAAGACUUUUAUACUAGCACGCAAUAAAAGUACGGGGAAAGUGCGUUUGAUCGAAUCGGGUGUCGUGAAUGUUAAGCCUAUCCUCAAGUUUGACCUAAACGCAACGCAUUUGCAGCUUGAAACGAGCCACCUAGAACUCAGUCGUAAGUUCGGUUCGAAGAAGCAAAAACAACGUAUGGAACAACGUGAAAAGUUAAAAGUAAAUAUUGAAACUGUUACCGAACAGAUGCAAAAUGUAACACAAGAAGUGACAGAAGAAAACUUAGAUUUAUCUACGUACAAUAAUAUUAACAAUGACGAUUUUUACAUACCUCACAUUAACCGCACAGCUGAAAAAGUUGAGCAUGUCUAUGAGAUAGACAAAAUACUAUCUGAAGAACAAUAUGAAAAGAUACAUUCUGAGUUAGAGGGUAAAGACUACACAUCAGAUAUGAUACCACUUAUAAAGUCGAUGAUAUACAAGAAGACUUUAUCACCAAAGCUUAUAGUAUUAGCAGUGUACGCCAAUUCAUUGCUAUAUCUUUACACAAUGAUGGUAAAAGAUAUUACAAAAAAGUCAUUUGUAGCCUGUUCAACGUCUGUGACAUUGAAUAAUAUAAUUUUAAGUAAUUUCCUGAGUAUGUCACAUUCAAAACGAACAAGACCAGCGCCGUUUAAGGACAAGUCGUUAUGCCAUGCAAUAGUAUUUUUAUUGUUAAUUAACAAUUUAAAAUUAGAGUUGGAAAGUUUAUGCGACGCUCUAAAAUUGACACCGAACACUGCGACACUUAAGGUUCGUGUUACUGGAGCCUCGGUAAUUACAUCGGGUAAUAAAAAAAUAGUUCAAUUGAAAUUACCUCUAAAUAAAACAGGAUUCAAGAGAAGGAGUACUAAAUUUUAAAUAAAUGAUUUAUAUUUUAAAA